UUAUCUAAUCAUAUUCCUUCGGAGUGAUGCAUACAGUUCUCAGUUGCAACAGAUAGUAACCUCGAAAAUAAAUACAAUUAAACACGAAUCGAGAUAGCCUUCGUAGUUGGCGAAGACAAGGUUAGGUGCCUCGCAAAAUGUUGACCCCUUCGUUAUGGAUUUACAAGUUCCUGCUACAUCUUCGUUAACGUCUAGUUUAUCACAAGAUAUCGAUGGAUUUAGUACUGGAGAUGAGAAAUCUGUCAGUUUAGUGAAUACUUCAGUGAAUGUACAAAAUUCAACGGUGCACAUUGGAAACAUCAUCCAAUACCACAUCCCAGUGGGUCAGGUGGAGUCACAGGAUAACAGUAGCGCACCUAACGAAAAUGAAUUACAUACCGAGAAAUACGUCACCUCAGCACCUGAAACUAUCAAGAAAAGCGACAUUUUUGUCGCCAACAAAAGGAUCUGCAUCACCAUUACCGUCGUCUUCCUAGCGACCUUUCUAACAGUCAGCAUUUUGUUGCUGAACAUCAUCCAUGUUCCUGCCAAAUCGAAUAAAGAAACCACCAACGAAGAAAACCCCCCUGAACCCAAACCUUCUUACACCUUCGGAAACCUCACUGAUCUCGACGGCUGCAACAUUUUCGAGGAAGAAGACUGGGGUAUGAAGCGUAACUUGGAAGAUAUAAUACUGAAACACCCCAUUCCGCUAUUCAUCAUAUCCCAUUCGGCGACUCCUUUCUGCAACAGCACCAAAGCCUGCAGGGCAAGGGUGAAGCAGAUGCAGGAGUACCACAUCUCGACAGGAAGUCCGGAUAUCGGCUACAACUUCAUAGUUGGCGGAGAUGGGAACAUUUACGUCGGUAGAGGAUGGAAUGCGAGAAACUUUCACUUAGGGAACCAUUCCAUAGGGAUCAAUUUCGUUGGGAAUUACUUCAGAGACGAAUUAACACCGAAGAUGAUCCAGUGUGCCAAGGGUCUUAUAGCCUACGGUGUGAAAGCAGGAUUGGUGGAAGAUGAUUAUAAAAUUGUGUGUCACAAUCAGACGAAUUCGAAUCUGUUAAGUCCGGGUCCUAACGUGUAUGCCGAGGUGAAGAAUUGGCCGCAUUUCAUGGCGGGGGCAGUUAGUCGAAGUUAUUUGUAUGGGGAACCAACGCUGUCCUCGGAAGUGAUGGUCAAAGAGCUGGACUCCUUGUCCUGGAACUCCUACGAUGAAGAAAUCGGAUACAACGCCAGUUUAGAGCGAUCCAAAUCCCAGAUCGAGGGAACCUUUGUUCUUCAGCAGGCAGAGCAAGGCGAGGCCUGUCCCACUUUUGGCAACAUAUCGAUAAGCAAUGGAAGCGACAUCCACUUCGGCAACAAGACUUUUUAUCAGGGACCCGUGACUAUAAAGCAGUUUGUUGUGACCGAUGGUGACAAGUUGAAAAAAAUAAGCGAAGGUGAAAUUUUGACGAAUGUUGAAGAUUUGCACUGCGGGAGGGGCGUUUCAAACCCCAGUUUCGAAAAAGAUUCCGCGGUGGAAAAUGAAAAUGCCAAUGUCAAUGGCAGCAGCGUUCGGGGAACUGUUGAUAACGCAAGUUCUAGAAUUGGAUAUCUUAAAGAUCAUUUGAAAAAACUCCUAGUCCAUUACAGAAUCCCCUUGGUGUCAAUAUGUUUACUCCUGGUAAUUCUUUUAUUAUCAGCCUUAAUUCUAAUCCAACAUUUGGAUCCAGAAAAUCGGGUUGUAAAACAUGAUGGAGAUAAAUCUUCAAAAAAAUUGGAUGAUGAAGAUUUCCACAACACUCCAAUAGAUGGACCAAUAGAUCCUACGAAAACAAAGCCUUUGGUUCUGAAAAUGGUCAGCCGCCUAGAGUGGCUCGCUCAACCGCCCUCCCAUCCAGCGGAUCCCCUUCAGACACCAGUGCCGUACGUUAUAAUAUCGCACACGGCCACCGAAACAUGCCUAUCACAGGCACAAUGCGUUUUCCAAGUGAGAUACAUACAGACUUUCCACUUGGAAAGUAGGGGUUGGUGGGACAUAGGAUAUAACUUCCUGGUGGGUGGAGACGGUGAAGUUUACGUUGGCAGGGGUUGGGACAAGCAGGGAGCACACACCCUGGGUUAUAACAAAUACAGCAUAGGCAUAGCUUUUGUUGGUACAUUUAUAGACAAGUUACCGAACAAAAAUCAAAUUUUAGCCUGCAAAAGACUGAUUGAAAGAGGCGUGGAACUGGGAUAUGUUAAAAAGGAUUAUAAACUGCUAGGGGCGAGGCAGCUACAAACCACCCAGAGCCCCGGAACCAAGUUAUUUGAAGAAAUAAAAACAUGGCCCCAUUGGGCCAAGAAUCCUUGAUAUUUUCCCUUGUGUACAAAAGAUAUAUUAUGUAUUUUAAAUAUUACGUGGAUAUUUUUC